AUGUUAUCCUAUAACUCUAGGGGGCCUAACAAGUUCCAGAAGAGAGGGGCCUACACGACUGCAACUCCAAUACAGUCCCGUAAACCUGAUGUGGCCCAGGGACCCAAAGCUACAUCGGCUCCUUAUUAUGGGACCAAGACUCUCGUAUGUUACAACUGCAAGGAGUCCGGUCAUAUGGCCAAGGAUUGCCCACAUCCGCAACAGGCAGGUUUGUGGCCAACGGUGACUUCUAAGGCACCCCAAGCAAAGGUCUCUGUUCGCUCACUUCUCCCUUCUCCAGCAAACAGAACUCAGGGACGAGUGUAUUCUAUCACUCAUGAGGAAGCCCAGGCUGACCCUGGUGUCAUCACAGGAAGUAAGGUUGACCUUGACCAAGUCUUCAAAUCUUAUCCUGUUCGAGUAAGCGACCAUGGACUGGAGGCUAGUUUGAUAAUCUUAGAUAUGAAGGACUUCGAUAUAAUUCUGGGAUUGGAUUGGUUGUCCACACAUGGAGCCAGCCUGAUCUGCGUAGAGAGGAAAGUACUCUUUAAGUCAGAGGAAGGCAAGGAAUUUGAGUUCAAGGGCAACAAAAGCAAAAAGCUUAAGAAAACUAUCAUUUCAGCUCUUCAAGUCCAGAAGUUGAUGGAAGAAGGUUGUAAGUGCUACUUAGCCUCCAUGCUGGACAUCGAAGCCAAGAUUACACCUAUGAAAGAGAUAAGUGUGGUAAGAGACUUCUCUGAUGUCUUUUCGGAAGACCUCACAUGGCUACCACCAGACCGGGAGACAGAGUUUAUGAUUGACCUGGUGCCUGGUGCUGCUCCAAAGGAUGGUAGUAUGCGUAUGUGCAUUGAGUACCAUCAACUCAACAAGCUUACGAUUAAGAACUUGUACCCGCUACCUAGGAUCGACGAUUUAUUCAAUCAGUUACAAGGCACAAAGGUGUUCUCAAAGAUCGACCUCUGCUCGGGGUACCAUCAGUUGAAGAUCAAAAGUAGUGAUAUCAACAAGACAACGUUCAGAUCACGAUAUGGUCACUACGAGUUUCUGGUGAUGUCCUUCGGACUGACCAAUGCCCCGACAGCUUUUAUGGAGUUAAUGAACAAGGUGUUUCACAACGUGCUGGAUAAGUACAUUAUCGUGUUUAUUGAUGACAUUCUAAUCUACUCCAAGAGCGAAGAAGAGCACGCUGACUACCUUCACUUCGUGCUGUAG